UACAAAAGGAAUUAACGUUAUACAUAAAUUAUUCAAUAUGCUGCCAAUAUUAAAAGCGCCACGAUUCAAACAAUAUGCCAUAGUUUUAAUUGUCAAUCUAGGCGUGAUAACGACUGGUAUGAGUCUGGCUUGGCCGUCGCCGGUGCUUGUGAAGUUAAGGAACGAAACUGAAUCUCCAUUAGAACGACCCAUUACUGAUGAAGAGGGCUCAUGGAUCGCUUCAGUGGGUGCUCUGUGCAACACAUUCACUCUUUGUUUUCUAGGCAUGUUAAUAGACCGUAUUGGUAGAAAACACUGCGUAAUACUGACAUGUCUGCCGAAGAUAUUAAUAAGUAUUGUUUUCAUAUUUGCCAAACAGGCAUGGGUCUUGAUAUUGGGCCGGGCUAUAAUUGGUUCAGCGGAUUUUUUCCUGUUUACUGCCGUCCCUAUUUACGCUUCGGAAAUCGCUGAUAAAGAAACUCGAGGUUCUCUCGGCACUUUACUGCAGAUGUUGAGUUCUUUAGGUAUAGCAAUAACGAAGUCAAUAGGACCUUUUGUUUCAUAUACAACGUUUAGUGUAAUAUUUGCAGCAAUGAAUCUGCUCGUGGCGAUUCCGGUAUUUUUUUUACCCGAUAGUCCCUACUAUCUCUAUUCCAAAGGAAAAAUCGAUAAAGCAACGGAUAUAUUAACAUCCAUCCGUGGUUCCGAAGAAUUAGCGAAAGAAGAGCUCGUCAUGUAUUCAAUUGCGGUUAACACAGAGAAAGUCGAUAAAAUGAAAUUAUUAAAGGAUCGUGUCUUUCUUAAAUCUAUUGGGAUAGCGACAGUCCUUUGUUUUAUCUCACAAUUUACUGGAUUUAACGCAGUAUCGUAUUAUUUGCAAACGAUUUUAGUAUCCACGAACACUAAGGUUAUGCCAGAAAUUGCUUCGCUUGUGAUUAGUUUGAUACAAAUUUUAGCAGCAUUAUGUGCAGCGAUAGUUACUGAUAGAUGGAAAAGGAGACAUAUAUUGCUAUCAUCGCUCAUUGGUGUCUUGAUUGGAUUGCUAGCGUUGGGAUUAUUUUUCAAAUUAACGGAGGAGAAGCAAGAGGUGAUUGGAUUCUUGAAUUACUUGCCAAUGAUAUCGCUGAUACUAGUAAUUUACUCUUAUAGUGCAGGGAUAGGUUCAUUAUUUUGGGUGUUGAUCCCAGAGUUAUUUGACGGUCCUGGUCGAGCAUUAGGAGUUACUAUGGCGAUGGUCUUCGUAUCUCUUUUUAUAUUUAUCACCACGAAGUUCUUUCCCCUAUUGACUGUGGCUAUAGGACCAGCGAUGACGUAUUGGUCUUUUAGCAUUAUUUGUGCGUUAAGUUGUGCUUACGUUUAUUGCUGCAUUCCUGAUACAAAUGGAAAGACCUUUAAUGAGAUACAAAAAGCAUUAAGCGGAGAGCAAUCAAGAGAAAAGAAUGAAAAAUAUACUGAUAAAUAG